AUGCGGGAACCCCGCAGCUGGACCCGGAGGUUCGGGCCUGCGGUCCGCGGCAGACCGGUCACCUACACUGGGGAGAAGAAGGCGCAGCUGGCGGCCAGCGCCAACCGGAAGUGGGUGAGGCUGGCCACAGUGGCGGCGUACGUGCUGAGCGUGUCCGUGGCCGCCGUGGUGCUCGCGGUGUACUACAGCCUCAUCUGGAGACCCGGACCCGGUCAGAGCCGGGACCGGACCGGGAGCCCCGGGGCCGAGCACAGCCGGGGAAAGCCCUCCGAGUGUGACGUCGAUACGGGCGGUGACGCCACUGAUAACAGAUCGAUGGCUGACCUGCCUGCUGACGGUCACGUACCCGUCACCGCGCUGAGCGCGGAGGUGUCUCCGGUCCUCGCCCCCGGACCCACCGGACCUCCUGAGGCCGGGCAGGGCUCCACCUCUCCGGCAGCCGUCACCGCGGAGGAUCCGUCCAACCUGCCGACCCACCGCGCCGCCCGACACCGGGAGCCAGCGCCCUCCGCCAGCUGGCCGGAGGCGGACUCCGCCGGGUCCGGGUCCGAGGACUUUACUGGAUACCAGUGA